GAGCGGGUAACUUGUGGAGUUGCCACCCAGUUCCGGUACCUUAUGGAUCUUACUAUGUUGGUCCUGCGGGAUCCACAGCUAUGAACAUGCAAACCGGAAAUUAUACCGGUGGCUCCAUAACGGAAGAGAGUGUGAAUAAGAUUACUGAAGGGAUGAACCAGAAUUGCAUCAUAGCGCGUCGCAAAGACGAGUACCCUGAGAAUGGAGGACGAGUCAUAAAUAAUGGACAAGCAUUACCGAAGCCAGGGGUGCCACGCAGUAUCUUACAGGACUUUCCAAUGAAAAACAUUUCGCAAAAGACACCUCCUAAUAAGGGAUAUGGAAAUUAUGACAAAGUCAAAGAGCAGAAUACACUGAAUCGCGAUGCGAUACGGAACAACAAAAACGGCACGGGUUCACGAUUCAAGAAGAAUCUUGAUGGACGUUAUCGAAAUUCAUAUCAGCAAAGUCCAUACCAACAACAGACUCAGCACCAACAGCAGCAACAACCACAACAGCAGGCUCCCUAUCAGCAGACCAAUGGAUGUGUGGAGACGCCGCCACCAGUACAGCCUGGUAGAAACGACCUGGUUCAAGGACAACGACCAAGUCCUCAACAGGCAGGUCACUCUUUUGGAAAUCCUUCAACGUAUCAGUCACCAUAUUCAACUCAGCAGACAAUGUACGCGCCGGUACCGUACUAUUCAGGAGAGUCUGAAUCCUAUGGUCACUCGUACUACGCUUCCAAUACAGGAUACUUCUCUGUCCCUUAUGUGUCACGUUCAGACAUUCCUGACGGUAAUAAUGUGAAUGCUUAUCCUCCUAACGUCUAUUCGAAUGUGGAUAAUUACCCGGCUACAUCAUUUUGUGAGGUAUACCCGCAAUAUGUGUAUCCUCAGCAAAAUAUGUAUCCUGGAGUGCCACAGCAGCCUCCUCAGGAGAACUGGUAUCCACUUCCUGGACAAGCUCAGUACGUUCAAUAUGCUGCCUUACCAUCUCCAAUAUCAGCAUCAUCUAGUAGUUCUAUUAGUGCUACUCCACCAAAUAUUUCGAGUGAUUUAUAAGAAAGCAGCUAUGGAGCAGAAUAAAAGGAACUUUCAUUCCAUUCUUCAUUCAGUGUACAAAGCCUCAAAACUUAGCAGUGCCAAACAUCUUUUGUAUUUUAGGAUUAUGUAUACUGUUAAUUAGUCUUUAAUGAGCACAUAUGUUCCUGACGUACAUUUAGAGAGGCUAACUGUCAUCUCCAAUUCCGUUCUGCUGGCAGGAGUGGAGAGUCAGUUAUCAAAGCAUCAAGACACUUUAGAGGCCAUAAAAUUAGAACUAUCAAGCCUGUCACACAUUAAUAAAUGAUGCCACCAUUUUUCUUCAACCAAUAGGAUAGGUAUGGUACAAUAAGUCUCCAUGUGUCUUGUGAGAUUUUAUGGUGGUAAACCGAUUUUUCGCUCAAUACCCUUAGGAGGAGUAAGUGUCAACGCUGUUAUUUCAUUUUUACUUUUAUAUGUGCGACCAUUUAGUUUAUCAACAUUACAACUAGAGUCUAUUUUGUUAAAACUAUAAUAUUUGUCUACGAUUCAAUAAAUAUAUUUUGAAAGAA